CAGUUCCGAAUCAAAACGGGUUAUCGAUCGGAUACGUCCGAGCUGUCAGGCGGGGUCAUGAUUUCGAUAUCUAGCCUAAGACUAAUAAGUUUUCAGUCUUUCGACGGUUAAUUUAACUUAUAGCCGUUGGCUAACCGGCGGCUGGUUUUGGAAUCUGAAUGCUGCAUGAAAGGCAAAGUUUUGUAUCGCGAAAGAUUUUACGUUCAUCAAAAGUCACUUCGCAAGUCGAAAGUCCUGACACUAUGUCCGCGGCUCUGGUCGUGAUGGCCAUAUUCCUACACGCUAUGAGCGUCUCUGCUUUCGAUUAUCCAUCUAGUGUUAAUGACACCACUCUACAUGAAAAUCCGUUCUUCUUGCAGAUCUGGAGUACUGUCAAUACUUCAUCAGCGUAUCGGACUAUCGGUAUUGUGCCCAAGGAAGAUGGCACUUGGGGAGCUGCCAUUGGGCCAUCAAGCUUUAUAACUGGCUUUCGCCUCACCAAUGGAACUCUGCAACUUGCUAGUGCAGAGGGGUUACAUGCGAUCACCGACGGAUUUCAUGCUGCAUUUGGGCCGGAAAAAACAGACGGGGACUUCAUCUCGAAGCAAUGGUUUUUUAGCAACGACACGACUGUUGGUAAUAACGGUUGGGACUUGAUUAGUGUCAGUCGGGAUGGGUUAUAUGGAAUACUGAGCAGUGAUGGAGGGCCAUCGAUGUUCAACGGGUUCAAAGUUUGCACAGAAGAUGCCCAGAAUGAUUAUUUUAUCAAGUACGAAGGUUCAAGGGACGGCGCAGUGUCAGAGGGAUGUGAGGCCAUCGCUUUGAGGACAUUCCUCGGGCCCCCUUACAGGUUCGAGCAAGAUGAAGCCGCGCGUCCGAAGAUCGCAGAUCGGCAGUAUUGACAUAUGAGGUGUAUACUGAGCAUACUCCGUGACUCUGGAUGGGAAUCAGUACUCUCUUUCCACCAUGGGUCACCAAGUCUCCGUCGAAUGUGUUAUAAUGUUCGAUUCACAUAAGGUACAUACUGUUGUUUACAACGAAGUUCAAUUGAAUUCCGCUGCAUUGCAACUCUGGAAAUCCUUUGUAUGUCAAGCGUAAGCCACGGUAUUGAUUUUUUCUACUUCUCCCUUGUUAUUCACGGUCCGUCUCUCAUUCUUCUCAUGCUUCGUGCCUACUGCAGUUUACCUAUCUGCAGCAUAUCCAACUCAACCUCAUGUCUCUAACCAACAUAUAUUCAAUCAACUUUCGUCUGA